UUAUUUCAGCAGGGCAGAGUCCACAUUGGGAAUGCACAGCAAUUCCUGACAACUAGUCACUCUCAGACCCUGCUUUAGGCUGUCAGAACUGCUUCGAGGCUGCUGUUCAGCUACAGUUAACUGGAAACUAGUGAUAUUAGCACUGCUGCCUGCUCAAGAAGUGCUCUUAGAUGGGAAUCUAGUUUUACUGUCUUUACUGGAGCUACUGCUGAUGAAAUGGUCAUGGUGAAUGAAAAAGUGGCUCACCCUCAGGACCCCCACCAGCCUACUGAAAAGCCAGCCAUCCACUGUUUCAAAUGUGGAGACCCAUGUAAAGGACAGGUGCUACGUGUCCAGUCUAGACAUUUUCACCUCAAAUGUUUCACCUGCAAAGUUUGUGGCUGUGACUUGGCCAAAGGUGGAUUUUUCAUGAAGAACAGUGAUUACCUUUGUACCCUGGACUACCAGCGGCUGUAUGGAACUCGUUGCCAGGGCUGUGGAGAGUUUGUGGAGGGGGAGGUAGUCACAGCACUGGGGAAGACCUACCAUCCUAAAUGCUUUGUUUGCUCCAUAUGCAAGCGCCCUUUUCCAGCAGGGGACCGUGUGACUUUCAAUGGAAAAGACUGUCUGUGUGAGCACUGUGCCCAGCCAAAGUCUUCCAGUCCCAAGGAAAUUGUCAGUAGCAACAAUUGUGCAGGCUGUGGCAGAGAUAUUAAAAAUGGACAGGCUUUACUGGCUCUUGAGAGACAAUGGCACCUGGGGUGCUUCAAGUGUAAGGCCUGUGGGAAGGUCCUUACUGGGGAGUACAUCAGCAAGGAUGGUGCUCCCUAUUGUGAACAGGAUUAUCAGAAUCUCUUUGGUGUGAAAUGCGAAGACUGUGGCAAAUUCAUCACAGGAAAGGUCUUGGAGGCAGGAGACAAACAUUAUCAUCCGAGUUGUGCACGAUGCAGCAAAUGCAAUCAGAUGUUCACAGAAGGGGAAGAAAUGUACCUGCAAGGCUCUACAGUUUGGCAUCCCGACUGUAAGAAGUCUACCAGGGCUGAAGAAAAGCAAAGGCCAACACGAUCUUCUUCUGAAAGUAUUUCCUCCAGACCUGGUUCUAGCAUACCUGGCUCACCAGGCCACACAAUUUAUGCAAAAGUGGACAAUGAGAUUCUUGACUACAAGGAUCUGGCUGCCAUUCCCAAAGUCAAAGCCAUUUAUGAUAUUGAACGCCCUGACCUAAUCACUUAUGAGCCAUAUUUUGGUGCUACUUUUGAGGAUAGACAUGAGCGUCAUAGUAUGGGAGAGUCUCAAUACGCAAGAAGUGACAACGGCUCGCUUAUUCAAAGUGAAAUUUCGCCAAGGACACUUUCCCCCACACCUUCCACUGAGGGGUAUCACGAUGCACGGGAUCGAAUGAUGUAUAGGUCCUCCAGUCAAGGCUCCAUCAGCUCUCCUGUCUAUAAUCGCCACUGUUAUACACCCACAGUUGCCCGCUCUCCACAGCACUUUCACAGACCUGCUCUUCCAUUCUACAUAGACCAAGGAACUAAUAUAUACAGAAAGCCUCCUAUCUACAAGCAAUAUGAUGCAGCUGCAAUGGCAGCACAACUCAAGACAGGCGUGGAAAUCAUCAAGUCAUCCAAGUUCCCAGCUGCCCAGGCUCCAGAUCCCGAUCAAACUUCUGAGGUGGAGACUGACUACUGGCCAGGUCCGGGUACCAUAGGAAUGGACAGGAGGAGGGGGAGUGAGCGAGAAGAGGAAGAUGAGGAAAAACUCAGACGUAGGCAACUCCAGGAGGAGCAACUCAGUAAAAUCCAGUCAGGCCUUGGGAAGCUGAUCCUGAAGGAAGAGCUGGAAAAGGAGAAGCAAGCCCGCUUAGCCUCUCAUGCUCUUUCUGGCGACCUCCAAUUUAGACAUCGUUAUGAUUCAGCAGGAAAUGCCUCCCUGCAUGCCUCUGCUUCCAAAACAUCCUCCCUCCCUGGUUAUGGAAGAAAUGGGCUACAUAGGCCACAAUCCACAGAUUUCACACAAUAUGACAGCUACAGUGACGUAUGCGAAGGCGUCAGAGAAACCCUGCCCACACAGGAGGGAACUGUGCAAGGAACGAGAAUGGACAGGGGAGUUUCAAUGCCUAACAUGCUGGAGCCAAAGAUUUACCCUUAUCAAGUGCUUUCAGUGACCAACAGGGGACGCAGCAAAUUACCAAGAGAUGUAGACAGAACAAGACUGGAGCGGCAUCUGGCUCCUGAGGUUUUUUACCAGCUGUUUAAUAUGACUAUCCAGGAGUUCAACAGAUUACCACUUUGGAAACGCAAUGAGCUUAAGAAGAAAGCUCGCCUCUUCUGAACCACACAAUGCAUGUUGGAAAUGGGAUGACUGCAGAGGCUAAAUACCAAUGUAAUAUUUUGUGGGAAAAGCGUUCCAGAAGUUAACAAAAAACAAAUCUCUGAAAAAUACCUGUGCUACAGCAGGUAACCAGUGUGAGGUCUGAGAAAUUGAUAUCCACAUAAAAGUUGCUAGGAUUUUGACCUGAGAAUUCUAUUGUGAUUUCCUUAAUAAAAUGAACCACAGUAAUAACAUCUCUUGUUAAACAAUAAAUUGCUCGGAUCUUUCUAGAAUUAUAAUAGAUUGGAUAUUGUAAUGAGUUGGACGACUUUCUUUUCUUUUGUAAUUAAUUUGAAUACUGGGCUUUGGAAACAGAUAUAAAUAUUUAGCCAUACUACUCUAAGCAAAGUACAGCAACCAGUGUUCUCUGCUAUGCACUGUGAAAGCAUGGGUUUGUGGUUGGGGGAAACAAGGGGAUUAAUUUGGAGCUGGUUUGUACAAAGUUAUGCUUUGGACUUUAUUGCUUGAAACCUUUUACACUGUGUGCUGUAGUUGAAAAGGGUCUAUGUACAACUGCUAUACACAAUAGUCAUAUCAGAGAAAAAUAUACAAGAAAAAUGAAGAAAGGAGAAAUGUUCUUCAAAGUCAGCAGCUCAGCUUAGUGAAGGAAUGGUAAAAUAUCUAGCUUUGUAGCAGCCAUUAAUGUGUUACUUUAUUCAUUUGUAUUGAAAACAAAACAAAGAAUGGUGGAGUUAUUGCUCGGGUAUUUUGUGUGAGUUUCGCAUUGUUUUUGUGGCCAUACUUGCCUUAAUGUUAUGAAUUGUCACUUGGAAGAUUCCCAGGUCAGUCCUUUUUCAUUUAGUACAUUUGGGACGUUAAGAGAGCCAUACAAUGACUAUUUCAUAUGCUUAAGUCCCCAUGCUUUGAAUUAAUGGGCCAGUUUUCAUAUCAUUCCCAGCUGAUCUGUAGUUAAUAGCCUAGAAAUUGCACUGUGACAGAUUAGCUUAGGUUGGGGUUGUAUGUAAUUAUUCGGCACACGAUUUUAAUCAGGGCAGUUACCAUUGGUUACUGUCUCUAUUAAAAUAGUGCAUAAAGUAAUUGAUACAAUAACGUUGCACAGUAUAAUUUCUAGACUAAUAUAUCUCCACUCUAUAAAACAAAAAAAAAUUACAUGUUUCAAAAUGAGAUACAAUCUUUAAAAGAUGCUGCAGUGUGCCUGCCAAAGACCUGGUUUAAUAUGAUUCAGAAUUGGUAGAAAAUUUGAUUUGGUUUGGUUAGGAAAAAUGACUAUUUGUUUAUGUGUACAAAAUAUAGCAUAGAUUCGGUUGAAACCAGGCAUAGAAUAUACCACUUUAGACUAAAUUUUAAACAAGUUAAAGAAUACAAUAAGGUAAGUACUUUUUCCUAUCUGUAUUCCAGAUAGUUCUUUUCUCGAUAUAAAUCAACUGCCUCCCCUUACGAGGCUUUAAAUGUAUUAAUUCAUUUCAAUGAGAGAGGAUACAUGAAGAUUACAGGAAGCAAGGAGCCUCUUAUAGCUUUGUCAGCUCAUUCUUUUAGAGGCAAUGGUGAGUUUGCAGUCAGCUUAUAGAACAACUGAAUGAUAUUUUGUUUUUUAAACACUUUUCACUCAAUAUUACAAUUAAAUAUUCAAUGAAGUAAACUCAACAAUUCACACUGCCUAAGGUUAUAACUUCUUGUGUUCAUAAAGGAUAAAAUGUAAUUAUGAAGCAAUUAAAAUUAAUGAACAGUGGAUAAUAUAUCUGAUAUCCUAACCCCAGAUAAUUGCAUUUCUUCAAUCAAAUAUUUAAUUUGCAUUUUUAAUUUAUCAGCAUGUUCUUGUUGUAGAAUUGGAAUGCAUUUUCUAUUUUUGAUAUGGUUUAUAUGAUACAGCUUAGCUCUUUCUCCACCACAGUAGUCCCUGCUGCAAGUCCCUCCUACAAGCAGUGCAAAUUCUUAAUGAUUGCGCAAAAUCGCUAUGAUUUCUGCUCGUGCUGCAUCCAGAUACAUAUUUGUAUCUAACCAUUAUAGAUGAAAAAAGCAUGUUAAUGCACCAAGUCUGGAAGAAAGCCAAUAAAUGCUGCAAAUACACAAUGGGUAAUUUAACAUCCAGAGGAGAAAGAUUGUUUCAAAUGCAAUCCCAGCUCUAAUUUCAGAGACCCACUUAAACAUUAAUCUUCCUCUUUCAGGUGCUAAUCAACCUGUUGUGCAUUUCCAGCACACUUGGACUUAUAAGGGCUGGUUUUCGUCCCACUGCUCCCCAAAGUGUGCCCUGCCUGCCAUGAUUUGAGCCCAUCUGUAUUUUUGAGUGCAGAUCAACCAUUUAUACUUCCCACUCCACUCCUUGCAGCACACUGCAUCUGGAGUGAGGAGAGGAAAGUUGAACUUCCACUUCAGAGGUCUGGAAAUGGUGAUCCAUUCAGCAUUGACAGAUGAAAGUUAGACACCAUUUAAUUCCUCUCAGGAAAUACCCACUGAAUCCCUAGGCAAUGCAAAUGGGGUGUGGAUAUUUGGUAAUACACAUCCCUAAUACUAUUCUGCUUUUCUGCUGAAAACUUAGUUGUUUCCAGGGUACAAAGCAUUGGAAAGUAGGCCUCAUAAUCUCUUGCAAGUGAAGCAGUAGCUGCUAUGUCCUGAUAAAUAAGUAGGUUAUUUUGAUAAUGGGAGCUUAAGUUAGUAAUAAGAUAAGGGAUAUAAUUCUAAAAAUCAACAAGUAUUGUACCUGCCCGAUGUUAUUGUAUGGAGACUUGGCAGAAGUCAGUAUGUUCAGUGCUUUGUCUAAUUUGUUAGAUUUAGUGUACUCAGUUUAAAAAAGGCCUCAUUCAGGGUGCCUCUGGAAUUGCAAGUUCAGUUCUCCUCUGUCCACUCUAUGCUUUAUAGUUGCAACUACUAGCAUUCUGAUUUCAUGAAGUAUAUAAUUUUUAAAAUAAUAUGCAGUGAAGGAAUUUACAUUGGAAAGAAGAAUAAUACUGCUGGAGCAGCUAAGGGUUGGAAAUAUGGCCAGCUGUAUUAAAUAUUUUGAAGUUACCUUGUUUUCAGCUUAUCAAUGAACACCAUUAAUAAAGCAAUGUUGUUAGUGUUUUAUUUAUUGUCUUCACUCUUUAAAUUAGUCAAGCUAGUAUUCUGUGUGAACAAAAAUGUGAAGAAUCACGUUGACCACCCAUUUUUAUGCUGCACGGUGAACGUGUGCUCAGUGUUUGGCAAUCAGCACAAUGUUGGCGUCAUGCUUUUUGUUUCGAGUCUCUGGGGCAUGCCUUGUGGUUGCUUGGUAAUAGUUAUUGAACAGCUAAUAUGUGUUGUGCAAUAUGGAGCAAAUAUAGAAGUAAAUUAACAAAGAUUUUCAAGCAGCAGACUGAGUCUUUUGGUUAAACUGGACUUUAUUGUUAGUAUUUUCAAGAGACAUAGUACCUGGCAUUUUAAUGAAAGGUUCUGUUUAAGAUCUAAAUACUCAAGUUUUAAAAACACUUUCAUAAAACAAGUAAACACACUACAUAGAAUUUACAGCAAAGACACAUGUUCAGUCCUAUGGUCUGCGUUUGUGUUUGUGCUCCAUAUGAGCCUCCUCCCAACCUACUUCAUCAAACCUUAUCGGCUGUCUCUACUUAUAUUUUAUUUUAAGAAUGCAACUGAAUCAUUUUUAAUAUCCUAUACGCAGUGAGGGGACUGAUCCAUUUUAUACAGACUAGGCUCUGAGGACCACAUUGUAAGGAUCAUGAGUCGUCAAAGCAACUGAAUAAUUGCACUGAAGUUAUUAAAGCUUUGAGUUGGUAAACUUGGCUGUAAACCUAAACACCUGUAACUGAAAUGAAUUGCACCAGGUAAUUGCAGAAUAAAUUGAAAAUGAUUAGUAAUAAAGGGCAGGUUUCAGGGUGAGAUUUCUGACUUUCCAAAACCCUUCAUUGAAGUUUCAUAUUUCUGGAACUGACAAACUACCGUUGUGAAUUCCCAUUGCAUUCUAACUUUAAUUCAAAAGACUGUUUAAUAAGUGAACCUCUGCCUUACAAAAUUACCUAGAAUGUCAAGGGUGUAUAUAAAUGUCAGCAUGUGUCUAAUAUAAAUACUGUUUAUUUUCUUUGGUGUCUUGGUACAAAACCCCAAAACUGAUCAAGAGGUGAAGUAGAAGAUCUGUUCUGAACUGAAGAGGAACUUUUUGAGCGGUUCAACAUUACUCCACCUUCCAUUUUACUUUGCCAUUUGUGACCUCCAUUCCAGUGCCUUCUCACAACAGUGCAACCAAGACAGUUAACUUGCUGGGUGCAAAAGUGCAGGUGGCUGGUUUGGGGCAAGGGAAAAUUCAAACUGGUCCUACCCAGUGGUCAAUAAUUGUGUUUGAGACAGAGUCGCAGAAGCAAUACUCAGCAUCUAACCAUGCAAUACCUGAUGUGGGAAGGCAUAGAUUUCAAAAAUGUAACAAGUCUAAUGGUCCACAAUAACAUCCUUUGUCAUUAAUUUGACAAGAUUGGUUGAAGUUAUUGGAUAUGCUGUAAUAAAUUCAAAUGAUGUACUGGCUGGCUUCACCAUUAUACAACUAUAUUUAUCAAGAAAAGAUUAUCAAGAGAGACAAGUCUAUGAAAGCAAUAAGUGCCUUGGUCCUACAUUCAAUUUCAUUCCAAACAACUAUCAAAAUUAAAACUUUAAAUUGUGAUUUUUCCAAAUUAAACAAUUUACACUUAUUCUUCAGUACAUUGGGAAGCUGACCUGCUUCUAAACCUCUGCCAAAGGCUCCUUUAAUUGUCUGUAUGGUGAUGAAUUUUCUAGCCAAUUUUUCUCCCCUACAUCCCAUUGGGAGAUGUCCCAGCCUCUGCUUGGCAUUCCCCACUCGAAACGUUUUGUCCCGGGAACUCAGUGAAGGAGUUGAUCAAACCUGCAUUCUUCCAUUCAUUAUUACCGAGAAAUCCAAUGUAAUAGGAAUUAUUUUAAGGAUAACAACAUUUUAUAGUGUAAUUUAAAGACAUAUGCAAGACAAUUUCUUACAAUAUGGAAAAUAAAGUAGUAACGUGUUUUUAUUUCCCCCACAAACUGCAUUCCUGCUUCCCUUCUCAAUAUCCAAUUCUUGUAAACACUGGAUUCAACAAUAAACAUAAAAAGAAAUGCAACCUUUGCAUUACAGUGUAAUCUUUUUAAUUAAAAGUUGCUUAAUUCAAUUUAUUUGAUUGUUUGCACUGAAUUCUCACUUUGUCAUGUUUUUAAUGCUGCUUAAUUCAAAUUAUUAGGUAAUUCCUUUAUAUUACAUGCAAAAAGUGAUUUUGAAUUAUUAGAAUUAUAUUGUAUUAUUAAAAUCACUCCCUGAUGAGCAGUGAAAAUGUAGAGAUACCACCCUGGAGUUUUAGUUUAAACUGUGUAGUGUUUUGUGCACAGAGGUACAAUAAUUUCCAUGGUUCUCUCUGUUACAAAGCAGUAACAUUGGUAUAUAUGAUGUUAGAAAUAAUGUUACAGAUGACUAGGACAGUCACAUCUGCUAUUGUAACUGUUUUCUAAUCUCGCUAUAUAUUUGUAUGCCAAUACAAAGAUAAAUUGUUUCAAUUAAACAAAAUUCAAUUGCAAAUCACAUUUGAAUACUCUAUCUACCUAUAUGAUUAUCUUUUAGCUGCUGUCUUUGAUGAAAUCAGCCUGUAUUAGUCUGUAUUAGAACUUUGGAAAAAUACCCAAUGCCUUUUUUGUUAGUUGUGGCAAGAGUUGUUCAUUUGAGGUUGUAAUCUGGAAUGCAGUUCUAGAAAGGGUGAGGCUAAAACCUGAGCCUUGGAUUGGUUAACCUGUAAUUUACAAUCUUUGCACUGCAUGAGUCAUCUUUGGUAACUUUAUCCAGUACCGAACCUCAUCCUGCCUGUCUCCUUAUCUCACUCAACUUUACCCUCCACAUAUGGAACAAAGCAUGCCCACACUUACUACUGUAGCUUAUGAAGCAAUGCCUUGCGGAAGGCCAACUGAGACUUCUCCGAUCAAUUCCUUCAUCUCCUUUCUAUGCAUCUUCCUGCUUUUCUCUCUUCUCUCCAUGAUCUCUUUCUACCAUCUACAAAUACACUUCUGACUCCUACAAUCAUACUAUCUGUAGGUCCCAUCCCCUGUUCCUUUGACCCACCAUUUGCACUGGUAUAAAUAUUUAAUGUCAAAUUCCCAUUAAACUGCCUUGCCUCCACUUCUGACACUCUGGGGCCCACUGCUAUCAUCUAUGACAGUCAAAUCCAUGGAUUCCAAUCCAUGGGCCAGAAUGUAUAUAUUUUAUGGUUAGCUUGAUCACCUCAUGCAGUAGCAUAAUUUCCCCUCUCAUAGCUAAAUCUUCUCAUUAUUGCAGGGUGACCUUGGAAUGCAAGAACAACCCAAACUACACAUCUCCAGCAUAAGUUGUUUCCUCUGACAAUACCCUCACUCUCCAUUUUCACCUCUGGUAAUAAAUCCAAUAAACUUAUGGACUUCUGUGUUUCCCUUUCUCCAUCUCACCACAUGCUCAUCCUGCAGUUCUUUUAUUCUCCUCGGAAAUCAAACACACAUAUGUUGCAGUUUCUAACCAGAAUUAGUUACCAAUGUGUAACAAUGACACCUAGCCAUUCCUUUUCAGCAACCCUAAUUCCAAGACUGUUAUCUCUCUGACCAUCUGUCCAGCAUCAUGUAAUGCUUACGUUUAAAUGUACAGCUCAAAAUGGAAUCUGCCUCACUCAGUCUCUCUUAUGUGCCUCUAAUGUGAAUUUCAUCAACCUUGCUACCUGCUUUCUCAAGAUGAUUUGCAGCCUUAGUCUGACUCUGAGGUGACCUUUCUGUCAUACAUCCUCUCUGUUGCUGUCACUGCUAGCAUGCACCUCCAGAAUAUUGCCUGCUUAAACCCAUACCUCAAUCUUUCCACUGCCAAAAACCUCAUUCUUGGUCUUGUCCCCUUGUGGAUUGAUUAUUACAAUACUUUCUUCUCCAGUCUGCCAACCUUUGCCCUUCACAAAUUUCAGUUAUUGUAAAAUUUUAUAUGCAGAGUCCUCUUUCUAAAGGAAAUGCCUGUAUGCUCAUCAUCCAUUCCAUUCCCAGUUCUAGUGGCUCAUUCCGCCCCAGUGAAUUUACUUAAAGAUCUUCAUCCUCACUUUCAAAUCAUUUGGCCAUAUCACUCUCUGUUUUAAUAACCUUCUCCAAUCAUAUGUUGCAACUCACACUCUUUAGUCCUCUGACUCUGAUUUACAGCUGAACGCAACCUCCUCCUUUCCACCAUUGAUGACUGAUCCUUCAGCAUUUAUGGUUGUGAAAUUCAUCUCCGAAGUGACUUUGUCUCUUUACUACUUUGAAAGGCCUCCAAAAAAAACCUUUCUCUUCAACAAUGCCUUGGGUUUCUUUCCUUUAUCCUCAUCCUCCUCCUCCUCUGCUUCCUGUUCAAUCUUCACCCCUCCUUGGAAAAUGCUCCAUGAUUUCUUUUAUGUGUGGGUGUGUUAUAAAUCUAAAUUGUUAACAAUUUGAUACAGCAGAACAUUAUCACAUAAUAUUGAAAACUAAUUUAGUUUUGCUUUACGGUGGACAAAAGAACAGGCUGAUGCUCAUCGUGAUUCAUUGAAUUUGAUACAUUGCACUGCAUCUAAUGAAGGGCAGUAUGGAUUACAUUUCCUCAAAACUUGUCGACUUUAUUAUUUUAAAGUAAAUAGUUUCUGCUGCAGUUCUAUUGUUUGCUUCUUGUUUUCAAUAGUUUUCCAUAUUUGUACAAGUUGGGAAGUUGCACUACCACUGUCUUUGGUUCUUUUCCUACAAAUAAUGGCACCUUUCUUUGAUCUAUAUCAUUGUAUUGCAAGCAGCAUAUACAUAUUUCCCUUCUACACCACUAUAAUCUGUGUUACUGUUGUAUUCAGCCCAAGUAAAUAAAGAAUGUUUUGUGCUUUA